UUUGAAACGACGACCGAGCAACGCCAGCCCAUCGAACUGCCCGUCAUCGGGUCUUUUCCAUCGCACGUCGCGGGAGUCCUGUACCGGACUGGACCGGCUAGCUACAAAGUCCCCGGAUCGAACUAUCAGCUCCACCUCUGGUUCGACGGCUUUACGCAGCUGCAUCGUUUCCAACUCGUGCCCCAGCCAAGCGGGUCGUGCAAGGUGCUCUACAACUCCCGCCGUCAGGUCGAUGCGCUGAUCGAGGAGGUGCGCAAGACGGGCACACUGCGCGGCAUGACAUUCGGGCAGAAGCGAGACCCUUGUGCAAACUUCUUCCAAAAAGUCAAAGCAGUCUUUGAGACCCAAUUUGAAACCACAAACCCGGAGAUGGUGAAUGUGGGAGUCACGGUGCAUGCCAACGUAAGUGGAUCUUUCCCUCGGGUGCUCAGUUCCAUUUUUUUGAGCAGAUGGACUCAUGGGAGGUGA